CGGCGGAGUGGGAUUGACGAGUGGUGUGACUGUCGUGCGUACCACUGACGAUACUCCGGCAGUUUCGUGACGUUCAUGGUUCCGUGUUCACCGUGAUUGCUCACUUGUCUCGUAGUCCAUCCGUUGUUUGUCUGAAUAUUUUCCUGAAAUCUUAUUCAGUCGUGAAAAAUGUCAUCAUACAAAGUAACUUACUUUGAUAUUACUGCGUUGGCUGAGCCCAUCAGAUUUCUCCUAUCCUAUUUGAAUAUUGAUUUUGAAGAUUUUCGGUUUGACAAAGAACAAUGGCCAAGUAUCAAACCAACCAUGCCAUUUGGCAAAGUCCCAGUGGUGGAAAUUGAUGGCAAGGUAUUAAAUCAAUCAACUGCCAUUUGCCGUUAUUUAUCCAAAAAAGCUGGUUUGGCUGGUAGUGAUGAUUGGGAAUCUAUGUUAAUUGAUAUCGCUGUUGAUAAUGUUCAUGAUUUACGACAAGCUAUUGCAUCAUAUAAAUAUGACCCUCUUGAAGAAUCUAAAAAGACCAAGUAUGAACCUUUGAUUAAAGAAACUAUUCCAUUUUAUAUGGAUAAAUUUGAAAAAAUUGUUGGUGAAAAUAAUGGAUACUUUGUAAAUGGAAAGUUGACUUGGGCUGACCUAUUUUUUGUAGCUAUUUUGGAUUAUUUAAACUUUAUGGCAGAAAUUGAUUUAUUGGAAGGUCGUCCAAACAUGCAAGCACUCAAAAAAAAAGUGUUAGCCGUACCUCAAAUAAAGACAUGGGUUGAAAAAAGACCUACAAGAAAUCCUUAAGCAUAGAAUCAUUUCCAGCUCU